UGCAGCACCCGGAAGUGCGACACACCGAGUCCACGCGCUGUUGUGUUUGAAAAUCAUGCGCUUUCUGCAGACAGGACGCUGAUGUUCCCGACGCCCCUGUUCGCUCCCGGCUCCUCGUUCUCCGACGUGUACGAGCCGGCCGAGGACUCCUUCCUCCUGAUGGACGCGCUGGAGAGCGACGCCGGCCGGCUGAAGGGAAGCAGAGCGUGUGUGUGUGUGGAGGUGGGCAGCGGAUCCGGCGUCGUAUCCGCCUUCCUGGCGUCUGUGAUCGGCUCUGACGCGCUGUAUCUUUGCACUGACGUGAACCCGUCGGCUGCUCUCUACACACUCGAGACGUCGCGCCUCAACAAGCUCCGUCUGCAGCCCGUCGUCACCGACCUGGUCGAGUGUCUCUUGCCGAGGUUGCUGGGAAAAGUGGACGUGCUUGUUUUCAAUCCGCCGUAUGUCGUCACACCGUCAGAAGAGGUGGGCGGUCGUGGGAUCGAGGCGUCGUGGGCCGGUGGGAUUCGCGGCAGGGAAGUGAUGGACCGAUUAUUUCCCAUGAUUCCACAGUUGCUGUCAGACCAGGGGCUGUUCUACCUGGUGACCGUGGCAGAUAAUGAUCCAGAGGAGAUUGUGUCUCUGCUGGGUAAAGCUGGGCUGAACGGACACGUGUGUGUGACCCGUCAGGCCGGGCGAGAGAGGCUCUCUGUGCUACGCUUCAGUAAAGCUGACGCCGCGUCCUGAAGAGCGGAUGAAGAGGCGGAUGUCCCGCGUUUGUGUUUCCAUGAAGUCUGCGAAGCUCACAACAAAGCAGUUCUUCAUCCUCAGGGACUGAUGUGUGUGUCAGACUCUCGCCGCUUCAGUUUCAGAGCUAGCAUGCGUUCACUAGCGAGGAUUAAUCCCAGACUCAACACAUGCGGUCUCCCAGAAUGCCUCUGGAUAUUAAACAGGACUGUUUCUAA